UCGCGAGAGCUGCGUGAGCCAUGGGGACUUAUCCGGGACGCUGCCGUUGCCCUUAGGGACAGCGGUGGGCCGGCCAGGGGCGGGCCUCCGAGUGGGACAGAUGGCUGCUCAGGAGAGCCAGCCCACCUCUCCUCUGGGGGUCUUAGAAGCAGCGCUGGGCACUGGGUUGACAGCCUCCGGGGACGUGGCAGCUGCGGAGGCCUCAGAGGGCGCCUACUACCUGGAGCAAGUGACCAUAACUGAAACAUCUGAAGAUGAUUAUGAAUAUGAAGAGAUACCAGAUGAUAAUUUCAGCAUUCCAGAAGGUGAAGAGGAUUUGGCAAGAGCAAUCCAGAUUGUUCAAGAACAGACUACAGAUACUCAGAUUUUGGAACAGGAAACAGUUCUUCCUCCAAAGCAUGCAGUACCUGAAGUAAUAGAAGACUUUCUCUGCAAUUUCCUGAUCAAAAUGGGGAUGAGCAGAACUCUUGGUUGCUUUCAGUCUGAAUGGUACGAAUUGAUCCAGAAAGGAGUGACUGAACUUCGACCUGCUCGGAGUGUUCCGGAUGUCUACACUCAGAUCAUGCUUUUAGAGAAUGAGAAUAAAAAUUUGAAGAAAGACUUGAAACACUUCAAACAGGCAGCUGACAAGGCUAGAGAAGAUCUGCUGAAAACUCAGAAAGAACGUGAUUUUCAUCGAAUGCAUCAUAAGAGAGUCAUCCAAGAAAAAAACAAGUUAAUUAAUGACCUGAAAGAGUUGAAGUUACAUUAUGCAUCUUAUGAGCCCACUAUUAGGGUCUUACAUGAGAAGCACCACACUUUACUCAAGGAGAAAAUGCUGACCUCCUUGGAAAGAGACAGAGCUGUUGGGAAGAUUUCUGGAAUGCAUGAAAUGUCAAGGGACGUAGAAACAGGACUUACUUCUCAUGUUCCUGAAAUUAAAGUUCGUCACAUUUGUGAAAAAGAAAAUGCUCCAGAAGGCCCAACUCAGAAAGCUCUUCGUGAAGCCAGGGAACAAAACAAAUGUAAAACAAAGAAAAAAGACUCGAUAAAGGAUUCAGAAUUUCCAAUAGUGAUGCAAUCAAAUCUAAAUUUGAAUUUAAAUAAGGAAAAUCUUUGUCCACCGAAAUUCGACUACAGAUUGAAUAACAUCUUUAGACUGCACGAACUUCCAGUGAGCUGCAUCCUCAUGCACCCCAGCAAAGACGUCCUGGUCUCCUGUGGGGAGGAUCACGUCUGGAAGGUGGUGAGCCUCCCGAAGGGCCAAGUGCUUCUCACGGGACAUGGCCACACUGACUGGCUGUCCGACUGCUGCUUCCAUCCCAGUGGCGACAAGUUGGCAACCUCAAGUGGUGAUACUUCGGUUAAAUUAUGGGACCUAUCUACAGGCGAUUGCAUUUUGACCUUUGAAGGACACAAACAUGGGGUUUGGUCCUGCUCGUGGCAUUCCUGUGGUGACUUUGUAGCUUCUGCUUCACUGGAUACAACCAGUAAAAUCUGGGAUGUGAAUAGUGAAAGAUGCAGAGGUACCUUGUAUGGCCACACGGACUCUGUGAACAGCAUUGAGUUCUUUCCUUUCUCCAACACGCUUCUCACAGGCUCUGCAGACAAGACCCUGUCUCUAUGGGAUGCUCGAACAGGCAAAUGUGAGCAGUCACUCUAUGGGCACAUGCAUUCUAUCAAUGAUGCCAUCUUCAGUCCUACGGGUCACAUGAUAGGUUCCUGUGAUGCCUGUGGGGUUAUAAAGCUAUGGGACUUUCGGAAGCUUUUACCAGUCGUGUCCAUCGAUGUAGGUCCAAGUCCUGGCAACGAGGUGAACUUUGAUUCAUCAGGUCGAGUUUUAGCUCACGCGAGUGGCACUGGGGUGAUUCAUCUGCUAGAUCUUAAAUCAGGGAAGAUUCACAUCUUGGUGGGCCACCAGAGCGAGGCACACACGGUGGUGUUUUCUCAUGAUGGAGAGACUCUGUUUUCCGGAGGCGCUGACGGCACGGUUCGAAUGUGGUCUUGACUCUGCGUCACCAGCAUAUCCCACUGCGGAGGGCAUCCCUUUCAGUAUGUCCUGGAGUUGCAAACCAGUAAACAACUAGUUAAACCCGCCAGUCGGUAACAUUUACAGUGCUUUAAAAUCAUGCUUGGGGCAUACAUUUCAGUGUUCAUACUGUUACCAAUAAAAAAAAAAUAACUUUUC